AAAAUAUCGAGAUACUAUUGCGAUUUUAAAAUCUAAAUUUAAAGUCUAAUAUUAGUCACUCUUUACAAUAUUAUGCUUCUUUUAAAAUAUAUCACAAAACUAUUGUAGAGUACUAUCAAAAUUAACCUUAACAAUGAUAUUUAGAUAAUGUAUGACUAAUUGUCACGAUAUGGCACCGCUCACGGAUUUAUUGUCCUGUAGUAUAAUCGAGAAAGAUCAUAAUGGAGAUAUACUUUGGACAUGGUCAUAUCCUACAGUCUCAGAAUCACAAAAAACUAUUGUCAAAAGAAAAUGUAAUUUAGGACUUGAACAUAAUUCUCCACAAACAUUUAUUUGUGCAAGACAUGGUCAAACUUGGUUUUAUUUACACUGUAGUGAGGUAUUUGAUUCUGAUAGAUUACCCAAGGUCAAACAAUUUGCAUUAGUUCUAUUUGCAAAAGAUUUUAAUCCACAAAAGUAUGAAGUACUGUCACGUGUCUUUAGUAAAAUGUAUUGCAAGACAGGAAAACCAACAGAGAUUUUACAAUUAUAUCUUUCCGUCUUUACAAAGGGAUCAUGUUCAACACAAGAAAAUGGAACAUUUGUGUCUGAUGACUUUAGCAGUCGUACAACAACUAAUACAAAUGUUAGAGAGUUAAUAAAAACAUUUGAAUUAGAAACAAUUUUGAUAUAUACUGCUCUCUUGUUAAAAAAAAGGAUAGUGAUAUAUCAUCAUAGUUUAGAACAAUUACUUAGAUGGAUGAAAACUUUUCCUGCUUUAAUGAAACAUCGUAAAGUUGAGGAAAAUUUAUAUCCAUGGAUAGAGUUGGUGAAUGAUGAGCUACUUGAUUUGAAGAAGCAGUCAUACUAUAUAGCAGGAUGUAGAAACAGUGCAAUUUCUUCAAGGACAGAUCUAUAUGAUUUAUUAGUUAAUAUACCUGCUAGAGAAAUCACUGUUGCUUCACAUGCAAAAGAAAGCCUCACUAUGACAAAAACGCAUAAGGAAAUAGCAUUGUUUAUGGUACAAUUAUGCGAAAAUCAAGCUUGUACAGAAUCACAAAUAAUAUCCGAAAUUAAUGAAAAAACAAAAGAUUUAUUAAAUCAAUUAACAUCUUUAGCUACCACUGAAACCUCGGAUGGAAAAAAAAUGGUAUCAAUUCAGGCAUUCAAAGAAAAAGAUUUAUCACAAGCCGUCGAAAGUUUUUUGAUUAACUUAGCUAUAGCUGAAAAUUUAUUCAUAUUGUAAUAUAUUUUUUGAAUCUGAGUUAUGCGAAACCGUUACGCAAUUGUCCAAAUAAAAUGAGAAUCUUUAUGUAGCUUUUAAAUGAAAUAAAUUGUUAUAACUUA